AUGACAUUAGGUAUUAUUGACAAGAACGGCAGGAAAAUUGUAAAUUUUUUACAAUUUGUCAAUGCCAAUAAUAUUUAUUCAAUGGACAAAUUUUUUAUACAAUUUGUGGAUGAAUUGAAUUCCUGGUGGCUGCACAACAUAAUUGAUAUGGAAUAUGAACCAAAACGAAUCCAUUCAUCAACAACCAUAUUGCAAAAUAUAAUUAUUGAUGAUAUGUCUGUAAUGGAAUUUUAUGUACCAACCAACAUGCAAUUAAAUAAUAUUUUGAUUUUGGCUUGUUUGAUGACCAUCGAGACAAAGCUUAUAUUAUCAAACAUUUAUGAUCAUGUACGAAUUAUUAUGUGUGUUAUAAAAUAUAAUUUUAUAGACAAACAUUUGUUAAAAAAAGUUUUAAAUGAUUUGGUCUUGGAUGAAUAUUUAUACACAGAAAAAUAUAACACAGCUACAAUAUACAAACUGAAUACAAUAAAAAUUAUAAAUACAAUUAAUACUCACAAACACGGAAAUAAAUUAAUCAAUAAAAUUCUAUACAUCGAUCGCAAUUCAUACCUAAGGACAGCCAUAUUUUACAAUGUAAGUUUAUUUAAAAAAAAACGACAAUUGGAUGUGAAUACAAAGACAAAAAUAUUUCAAUCCAUUCAACAAAAAUACUUUUUUAUUAAAAAUUUCAUUGAUCACAUUCUUAAAACUCAUUUCCCAAACGUUUCCUACGACAAAAUUAAAGAAAAUUACAUAACUGAGGUACAGAAUUAUCAAAACAAUUUAAAGAGUUUGCUCCAAUUAUUGCCCAAAAAAUCUAUUGAUUCUUCAUUGACCGUGACCGAAAUUCUUCAAAUGAUACAAAACCAGCAAGCAAUUACAUACAGACCUCCUACAACUCCACUUUGA